AUGGUAAAACGCGUUUUGGUCGGGUAUGGCAUCGACGUGGAUGCCGUCAGUGGUUGGAUCAACACCGAAGACGGCCAUUCACCAGAUCCAACCGAUGUCUCGCGCGGUAUAUUCGGGGCAACGGUUGGCAUUGACCGACUUCUCAACCUAUGGGAAAAAUACAACAUCAAAACCUCCUGGUUUGUCCCGGCUCAUUCCAUCGAGUCCUUUCCAACCCAGAUCAAAAAGAUCAAAGAUUCUGGUCACGAGAUUGGCUUGCACGGCUAUUCGCAUGAGCAUGUUGAUGCCCUUACGGAGCAACAAGAGCGUGAUGUUUUGGCUCGAUCCAUUGAAGUGGUUACCGCAUGCACGGGCGAACACCCAACGGGAUGGACGGCCCCAUCUUGGAGGACCUCUAGUCGGAGUAUCAAGCUAUUGGAAGAAUUUGGAAUCCAAUAUGACCAUUCCUUCAUGCACCAUGACUCCCAGCUCUAUUAUGUGCCGUAUGCUCCCGAGAAACUCACAGUGACCGAUAUCUCAAAACCCGCCAGCCAGUGGAUGAAGCCAAUGGGUAAACUUGUGCCCAGCAGUAUUGUCGAGGUGCCUGCCAAUUGGCACUUGGAUGAUUGGCCUCCAUUCCAGCUCGUUGAUGGUCCAUCCCAUGGGUAUGUGGACCCUGACACAAUUGAGAGGCUAUGGAAAGCGCAAUUUGACUUUUUCUAUCGUGAGUAUGACACCUUUGUCUUCCCCAUUUCGAUUCAUCCACAGGUUAGCGGAAAACCACAAGUGAUUAUGUUGCAUGAGCGUCUGAUUGAGUAUAUCAACUCCCACCAAGGAGUAGAAUGGUGCACAUUUGCUCAGAUGGUGGAAGAGUUCAAGUCUGGGAGAAUUGGAGGUGCGCAGGUGGAAGCGGGUGUUGACUUGUGA